AUGCAGCCUCCUCGGACGAUCAGAGACCUGCAGCGCCUUAACGGGAGGCUAGUCGCGUUAUCACGUUUUCUUUCCCGAUCGGGAGAUCGCUGCCUCCCCUUCUUCCAGGCCCUGAAGGAUCCGAAGAACUUCCGAUGGACGACGGAAUGCGAGAGGGCCUUCGAGCGGAUGAAGCAACACCUGGCCAACCUCCCCCGACUCGCUUCAGUCUCCCCUGGGGAGAAAUUGAGUCUCUACCUCGCCGCCUCCCAGCACGCGGUCAGUUCGGUUCUGGUCAAAGAAAACUCCGGCGACCAACUGCCGGUCUACUAUGUCAGCCACAUGCUGAGCGGGCCAGAAGAACGCUACCGGCCAAUCGAAAAGCUGGCGCUGGCGCUCGUUCUGUCGGCGCGAAAGCUCCGCCCUUAUUUCCAGGCCCACCCGAUAGAGGUAAUAACUGACCAGCCGCUCCGACUUGUUCUGUCUAAAUUCGACGUUGCAGGGCGUCUCCUCAAAUGGGCAGUGGAGCUCGGCGAGCACGACAUACAGUAUAUACCACGGACCGCCAUCAAAGCCCAGGCCGUGGCAGACUUCAUUGUAGAGCUGACCCCGAGCACAGGCGAGGAACUCGAGCCACCGCGUGAGACGUGGACCCUCCACGUAGACGGGUCGGCCAACGCAAAAGGCGCCGGUGCAGGGCUGGUGCUGGUGACACCUGACGGCCGCUCGAUCGAGCGCUCCUUCCGCUUCGGGUUCAGGGCCACCAACAACGAGGCAGAAUACGAGGCUCUCCUGGCGGGGCUCCAGUUGGCACUGAAAAUGCGGGUGACCGACAUACGCGUCAUCACCGACUCACAGCUGGUGGCUAGGCAGCUCGACGGCGGAUACGAAUCCCGGGACCCGACUAUGGCGAAAUAUCUAGCACAGGUAAAAAGCCUUGCCACCAAGUUUGCCCAUUUUGAAUUGUCGAAUGUUCCCAGGAGCGAGAACCAGCGAGCCGACACCCUGGCAAAAUGGGCGUCCGGCUCGGCCCCCUGGGCUCAACCCGAGACCGAAGUGCUCCCCCACCGAGCCAUAGAGGUCGUCGCCACGGUCACGGGCGGCGCGCCGGCCACUUGGGAGCACGCCCGCACCGCCCGACGGUCGGCGGUCCUGUUCACCCCUGUCGAUUGUGCCUGGCCAUUCGCGCAAUGGGGACUGGACAUACUCGGGCCUCUCCCACCCGCCUCCGGCCAGCGGAAGUACAUCAUCGUGGGAGUGGACUACUUUACCAGGUGGGUCGAAGCCGAGCCCCUAGCGACCAUUACGGAGUCACAAGUGGAAAGGUUCGUGUGGAGAAACCUCAUAACUCGGUUCGGCCUGCCCCAGUCCAUCGUCACCGACAAUGGACCUCAAUUCGCCGAUAGGAGAUUCCAAGAGUUUUGCGCCAAGCACAAAAUUCAGCUGAGGUUCAGCUCGGUGGCUUACCCCCAGGCGAAUGGGCUAGCUGAGGUAACCAACCGGUCCAUCGUCGACGGCCUCAAGAGAAGGGUAUCCGCUGCCCGAUCGGCUUGGAUCGACGAGCUCCCGAGCGUCCUAUGGGCGAUGUGCACUACCCCCAAGACCCCGACCGGGGAGUCUCCCUACAGCCUCACGUUCGGGACCGAGGCCGUAUUGCCAUCCGAAGUAGCCAUCCCGACUCCGCGGACGGCAGACUACAGCGAAGAGGCCUCGGGAGAAGGGCUCCGAUCCAACCUGGACCUACUCGAGGAAAGACGGGCCAACGCACACCAGAAAGCUCUUUCUUACAAAAGAGCCGUAGCGAGGGUCUACAACCGGAGAGUACGACCCCGAUCAAUAAAAUUAGAGGACCUGGUCCUGCGCAAAACCGAGGUCAGCCGCCCAACCCAAGCAAGGGGGAAGCUGACCCCGAAGUGGGAAGGACCCUAUCGGGUCAUUGGAGUAUCCCGACCAGGGACGUUCCGACUCGCAACAAUGAAUGGCGACCCCGUGCCCCGGACUUGGAACAUACAGAACCUUAGGAAAUACUUCGUCUGA